ACAUCAGAUUACAUCUUUUACAGAAACACUUUACAUGUUUCAGAGCGCCGAAAGAAUCUGUUGGAAGGAUGCGCUCGACGGUAUAAACUGCAGACGGCAGACGAGACGUAUAAACGAGAUCACUAUGAAAAUAGGCAGACAAGAACACUGGUGUCGAUUGCUAUUGGCAAUCGCAAUUUUGUCGAGACACAUUAGUGCAGAAAAGCAAAAGCGGCAGAUUUUUCGAGAGCAAGUGUUGCCAGCGUUGGGUGGCAAGAUCCCAGAGGAAGCUUUCAGAACAGAUCGCCUAGCGCUAAAUCGAUUGAACAAGGAAGGUAUUAUGCAUGAAAAGUAUUAUUACUCUUCCGAUUAUCUUAUUAUUAUUUCAUUUAGCAUGAAUUUUGCAUACUGUAUAACUAAUGAUUCAUUGACUUCCAUCUAUUAUUAUUAUUAUCAUUAUUAUCUAAUUAAGGUCUAUCUAACGUCAGACGGUCGAUACGUAUCGCCGGAAGGUCGGCCUCACUAUCAUUACCCGAAAACCGUCGACACAACUUACGUUAUACGAAGACCAUUUAUGCACACGAAUCACAGAACAUCGAACAAUUUCGAAAAUGUCAAACUUCAAGAAUAUCCGAAACCACAAGUCUACUCGAAUUAUAGGCAAUUUGUGCCGAUCAUACCGCCUGCCAAACCGGGUGUUUACAAGCCUGUUGUAGCACCUCUCGUACUUCCUGCUGACAGAAACUUGUUUGAUUUAUCAAGCUGGACGAAAUAUGAGUGGGACACCGUGUAUGAACCAUUUGACGAUUACUUUGUCAACAAUCUCGAACUCUUUGAUUCGCAUCAGAUCAUUACGGAUUAUGAAGGAUUUCUCAACGAGUUUCAUGGACGAUCUCUGAGGCACGUGAGUUCAAAAAAUAGUGACAGGAAUCAACAACAUCGUCAUCAUCGAAAGUAUCAAGAAUCGAAACUAUUAACGCCUCAAAAAGUUAAAUCGAAUGUCACCAAUUCUCACGAUUCCGCUUAUACAAAUCUUACGAAAAUACCGGAAACCAAUUUUUCUUGUCGUGGAAGGAAGGGAAUGUUUGCAGAUGUCGAAACCAAGUGCCAAGUAUUUCACAAUUGCUCAGAUUUGUCAAAAACAUCUUCACUGUGUCCAUCAGGAACUGCCUUUAGCGAAACGAACAAUCGCUGUGAAUGGUUUUAUAAUGUACAGUGCAAGAAGGUGAUAAUGGAAGGGGUUCAACCUCCCGCGUUACGCGUGCACGGCUUCAUAGCGGAAACUGGUCCAGUUUGGUUCAUAUUCAAACUCAGUGCAGUCAUGUCUGAAAGUCGUAGUAUCCUUGCCGUACUUCUGUUCGCUGUUAUGGCAGCGCCCUAUUCGGCCAUUUUACAGGGACCAAUAGUAGUGCCCGAUUAUUAUGACGAUUAUCAAAAUUUCCAACCGAUAGUGGGAUUUAAACAACCUAUCGUCGUAAAAGAAGAACCGAAAAAAAAGGGUCAGGACUUCAGCAAGAUACCUGGAAUCCCUGGAAUAGAUUACCCUAUCUAUCAUACGGUGCCGCCUACGAGUUUUUCUUGCGCACAUGUUCCAAUCGUACCAGGAAUGUAUGCAAACGUGGAAACCGGUUGUCAGGCAUAUCACAUUUGUCACGACGGGCGUGAGGGGCAUCAGGGUGCUUCCUUUUUAUGCACCAAUGGAACACUUUUCAAUCAAAAGGAAUUUGCGUGCGACUGGUGGUACAAUGUUAAUUGCGCCCUUGCUCCGGCUCUAUAUAGGCUAAACGAGGACCCAUUAAAAAAUCCAUAUGUUCCACAGGAGACAAAGGAUGCGAUUCGGAAAAGAUUACCAAUUGUCGUACUUUAAAUAUAAUUAGCUGUGUAGCUGAUUAAUUCGAUCUACAAUAUUUACGUUCUUUCAAACGCCUUAUUUAUCAUGCUUGCUCGUGUGUCUCUUGUCAAGAUUAGUAAUAAAUAAAACAAAGUUAAUACGUGAA